GGCAGGCAGCGGGACCGGCAGCGGGAGCGGCACUGGGGGUGCAGGGCUGGGGCUGGGGUUGAGAGGGCAGCGGCGCGGACAGCGGCCCUCCCGCUUCCCGGCCGCGAUGAGCCGCGUCCGGCCGCCCCUGGGUUGUGAGGGGGGCCCUGAGGUGACCCCGGGCCGGGCCGGGCUGUGACGGUGCCAGGUAACUGGUGGCGCAGGGCCCGGCCGUGGGCUGAGCCCGAGCCUCUUUGCAGAGGCCUGGGAGCGGUUCGCCGGUGUUGUUGAGGGAAAGGGGCACCAGCCGGUGGCUUACCCGAGCUGUAGCACUGCUGGCACCGCCGGUGCUUCCAGCCGAAACACCCCGCUGCAGUGUGUCCCGAGUUCCACCAGAGAAGGACAGAAUCCCAGAAUGGGUCCGGUUAGAAGAGACCACAGGGAGUCACCUGGCUCAACCUCCCUGCUCAAGCAGGGUCAUCCCAGAGCAUGUGGCACAGGAUUGUGUCCAGACGGUUCUGGAAUAUCUUCAUUCAGUCAGACUCCAAAACCUCUCGGGGUAAUCUGUUCCUGUGCCCGGUCCCUGCAGUUUUUGCUCAUGUUCUUCCUGAUGUUCAGCACACUAAUAAGAUUGCACAGCUUGUGAUUCUACAUUGUCAUUUGAGUUCAGCAUCAGCUGCCUUUUCUGGUCCCUGCAAGAUGCCAGCAGCCCUUGCAGAGAACAGCCAGGUUAUCUGUGAAGUAUGGGCCAACAACCUGGAGGAAGAGAUGAGGAAAAUUCGGGAGAUUGUUCUGAGUUACAGCUACAUUGCUAUGGACACGGAGUUCCCCGGAGUUGUUGUCAGGCCAAUCGGUGAAUUCCGCAGCUCCAUAGAUUAUCAGUACCAGCUCCUUCGCUGUAACGUUGACCUGCUGAAAAUUAUCCAGCUGGGCCUGACUUUCACAAAUGAGAAGGGGGAAUAUCCUUCUGGCAUCAACACCUGGCAGUUCAACUUCAAAUUCAACCUUACGGAAGACAUGUACUCUCAGGAUUCCAUAGACCUCCUUGCCAGCUCUGGGCUGCAGUUCCAGAAGCAUGAAGAAGAAGGGAUUGAUACCCUGCAUUUUGCUGAGCUGCUGAUGACAUCUGGGGUCGUCCUCAGUGACAGCGUGAAAUGGCUGUCCUUCCACAGUGGUUAUGACUUCGGCUACAUGGUGAAGUUGUUGACAGAUUCCAGGUUACCAGAAGAGGAACAUGAAUUUUUCCACAUCUUAAACCUUUUCUUCCCAUCUAUCUAUGAUGUGAAGUACUUAAUGAAGAGCUGCAAAAACCUAAAGGGUGGCCUUCAGGAAGUGGCAGAUCAGCUGGAUUUGCAGCGAAUUGGACGACAACACCAGGCAGGAUCAGACUCUCUUCUCACAGGAAUGGCCUUUUUCAGAAUGAAAGAGUUAUUUUUCGAGGAUACAAUUGAUGAUGCAAAGUAUUGCGGACGACUGUAUGGCCUUGGCACAGGAGUGGCUCAGAAACAAAACGAAGAUGUGGACUCAGCCCAAGAGAAAAUGAGCAUUUUGGCCAUUAUCAACAACAUGCAGCCCUGAUGAGUGGUGCCCCUCAGCAGAACAUGUUUACCAUAUUGGCAGCUGCUGUCCUCAACCAUUUUCCCUAAACAGUGUAUCGAACAAAAAGCAUCUCCAGUACACAGGCUGCACCAAGCCUUGCAGUUUUGCUGAAGAGCUGCAUUUUCCUUUGAAACCCAGAAGAGUUGACUGAAUUCCUAAUGCCAGCCUUUGUGGUUUGCCAUAUUUUUAAUACCAAGGGCGAAGGACAGAACCUACUGUGUAUACCUCUGUUUUUUUCCUCUUUAUACUGUACAGAAUCUGCAAGGAAGAUUUACCAGUAGAAUAUUGGGUAGAGCUAAGGGUUUGGAAAUGCAGUGAAAAUGGACACAGACACGCCCGCAAAUUUGCAAUUUGUGUUUUAUAAAGCUUAUUUUAAAACUUC